AAAAAAAAUUAUUCAUCUGACAGCAAGAGCAAGCAAAAAAAAUUGCAAUCGGUUUCCUUGUCGAUUUUAUACGGAUUUUCUUCUCUCUCAACCAAAAAAGAGUUUUGGUAUUUUUCUCCUCAACACCAAAGCAAAAAAAACCCAAAAAAAACCUUUUUGAAAAAUUAAUAUUCUUCAACUUUUCUACAUUACAUUUUACAACACCAUAAAAGUGUUUAAAAUUGAGUUUAUAUCAAUUUCAAAAGAGUUUCCCCAUUUUUUUUUACACACCACACAUAUCUCGGACCAAAUGUUCUAUAGAUUUUUUCACUAAACUCUCAUCGCUUCGAUCCGAAUGGAGUCGUCACCAGAAAUUAUGGUUUUACAAGCCCUCAAAGCGGCCACCGAUCAAAAUGUCGAUUUGGUUAAAAAAGCUGAACAAAAACUAAACGAAUGGGAACAACAGCCGGGCUUCUUUCCAACUCUCAUGAGAAUCCUCCAAAAUCAGCAAUUCGAUGUAAAUGUUCGUUGGAUGGCCACAGUUUAUCUAAAAAACGGUGUCAAUCGGUAUUGGAGGAAAGGUAUUAAAAAUGAAUUGCCAUCUGCUGAUAAGUCGGAAAUUCGUCACAGUUUGUUGGAGAAUUUUUCCGAACCAAUUCCGCAAGUUGCUUCACAGAUUGCUGUGUUAAUAGCAAAAAUUGCAAGGAUAGAUUAUCCAAGGGAGUGGCCAGAAUUGGUGCCGGUUUUAUUGAAAAAUAUCCAAACUACAGAUAGUCUGCAACAGCAGAGAGUUUUGUUGAUAUUCCAUCAUGUUAUCAAAGCUCUAAUGUCGCGAAGAAUAAUGAGCGAGAGGAAAAUGUUUGAAGAAUUGACAGCGAAUAUUUACGAAUAUAUUUACGACCUGUGGGAUGGAUUUACAAAUUUGUUUAUUCAUAGUUUGGAGAGUUCACAGCCGGAGGUGGCAUUUGUUCAUAUGGAAAAGGCUUUGUUAACUUUGCGCACAUUGAGGAAGUUGACUAUAUCGGGAUAUUCAAAGCCACAGUUGUCACAAAGAUGCAUGCAAUUUCUUCAGAUUAUCUUUGGACGACUAAAACAAUGUCUAGAAUGGCGUUAUCAGCUUCAACGCCUCAAUGCAGCCGAUAAGCUAAUUGAACUGCUGGAAAAGUUCAUCCUAAAACAAAUUAAAACUCUCAAUGAGUUUCUAGAACAUCAUCCGAUGGCAUUUGUUCGCUUCGUUUCCCCAGCCCUAGAAUUCUCAUUCAACUAUGUUUUCCACGAAGGUACUGUACUAGUGUUUGACGAUGGCAAUGUCGUCAACUUUCCUCAAUUCACUAUUCACUGCAUUAAUCUGAUGAAAGGAAUUUUACUAUCCAACUUGUACAGUGACAAGUCCAAAGAAAGUCUACCCACAGAAGAGAGUCCAGUGCCUUUGUCGGAGUUUUUUACUUCCGAGCGAAUUUGUUAUAUAUGCGAAAAAAUAGUCACUCAUUAUUUCCUCUUAACCCAAGCUGAAUUAGAGCUCUGGGUAGAAGAUGCAGAAUCAUUCUCACAAGAUGAUGCCGGUGGCGAUAGUUGGAAAUACUCUUUACGACCCUCUGUCGAAAGACUCUUCCUCACUGUAAUGAAUAAAUUCCGCACAGACAUGACAACUGAGACACUAAAAUACAUAAGAAAAGCUCAACAAAUCAAUUUGACUCCUCAAUCAGAUCUUGAAGAUAUUCUACUUAAAGAUGCCAUCUAUAAUGCAGCUGGACUUGCUUCAUUUAAUCUCUUCGAUGAGAUCGAUUUUGACAUGUGGUUCACAAAUCAGCUCCUAGCCGAGAUCAAAAUCGAUUCAGACAAUUUUAGAAUUCUUAGGCGAAGAGCUAUAUGGUUAACAGCACAAUGGGCCGCAGUUAAAUUCUCUCGUGAUCUAAGACCUGUUGCUUAUGAAGCAUGUCUGCAUCUACUUAGACCAGCCGAAGAUAUGUCCAUUCGUUUGGAAUCCUCAAAAACACUUGCAGCUCUAAUCAAUAGUUUCGAAUUCGAACCGGAUCCUUUUCAUCCCUAUCUCGAGCAAACGUUCUCCGCUCUAUUUGUCCUACUUACGGAGUCCAAGGAAUGUGAUACCAAAAUGAAUGUUCUUUCGAUCAUCACAGGAAUCGUGGAGAAAAUGAGCGAUCAUGUUCAAUCGCAGGCCGAUAACCUCAUUGCAUACCUUCCGAUCCUGUGGAAAGACAGUGAGGAUCAUAAUUUAUUAAGGUGUUCUAUAAUUUGCACCCUUCAACAGAUUAUCAAAGCUCUCCACGAAACUCCUGAACCAAUGAAACCUUUCCUAUAUGUCGUAAUUGGAUUGAGUACCGAUAUCAAAGAACCUUCACAUAUCUAUCUCAUGGAGGAGGGACUCGCUCUAUGGUUAUCGGUGAUGGAAAAUAGCACAGUCAUUACUCCACAGCUUUUAGAUAUCUGCAAGAAUUUGCUUCCUAUAAUCGAAGGAUCGUCGGAGAACUUCCGAACGAUAUUGUUCAUCAUACAAGCUUAUAUACUCCUAUGUCCGCGUGCAUUCCUAGAGCGCUUUGGCAAGCAAUUUGUCGAUUUGUGUUCACGUAUGUUGGAUGAUAUUCGACCCGAAGGCAUUGUUGUCAUAAUGAAGGUAUUCGAGACAAUGUUGAAAGCAGAUUCAGCAUAUGGUUUGGACAUCCUCGAACCAGUUCUUCCACAUAUUUUCCGAGAAAUCUACGACAAUAAGGAAUUCCCAAUGGUUAUGAGCAGUUACCUGACGAUAGUGGGUCGAGUUUUGAUCAUCAAUCAGAGUGUGUUCUCUGAUGUUAUACUGAAACUCAGUCUACCGAAUGCUUUGGAAACUAUAAUUGACGUCUGGAACGCUAAAAUGCCACUAGUCUCCGAAUUGGAAAAAAGAAAACUCCUCAGCCUUGCACUAGCAUCUUUAUUUACCGUGAAUAAUGUAGCCAUACAUGAACGCUUUCCAGCUUCAAUGCAGAGUAUCUCAGAAGUUUUGUCCGAUGUUAUGAAAGAAGAGGAUACAAAGAGCGAAGGAGGUCGCACUUACUAUGAUUGUUUAGUAUUUCAAGAUGAAAAUGAUUUGGAUAUAGCUAAUAAUGAUGGCAGUGGGUUUGGGGCAUUUUUGGGAGGAAUUAAUGAUUGUGAAAAUCAAGCACACCAUUACGAUCGUUGUCGUCAGCUAUCGCUUAAGGAUCCCGUCCAUACAAUAGUUCUGAAGGACUAUGUGGGAUAUCAGUUGAAUAGUAUGCGUUCGCAAAUAGGUGAAAUGGGUUAUCAAUAUUUAAUGAAUACAGUUUAUGAGGGAGUGCUUUCAAAUAUGAGCGACUAUUUGGAUCUAUCGAUUAUACCUAAGGCUGUAACUAAUUAAAACAAAAAAUAAAAAUAAAAAUAAAAUAAAACAUUUUAUUAUAUAUAAACACAAAAACAAUUACAAAAUAAUGUGCAUAUACAGAACUUUGUUUUUAUGUUAUUUAUACUUAUAUAUAUUUUUAAUAAUUAAUAUUAAAUAAACUGAUAAACUGAUUGUAUGCGAUGUAUGAGCAGGAAGGAAUUUCUUAAUAAAAAUGACUCGUUGAACACCAA